CAAGGCGAUCUUAGACCGCAAGAUAACCUAUUGCUUUGUGCUUCUUGGAACUCUUCAACAACAGUUACCCUCAUUAAUCAUAACCAGGGGAUUCAACCAAUGUCGAUAAUUCACUUCCUUAGCUGG